AUGACCAUGGUCUGUGGCUGCGCGUACCUGUACGCGGUGCUGGACGUGCCGACGCUCGAGUUCCACGAGCUCAAGCACUCGGUCUUCCCGUCGGCGUCCUUCCAGACCCGUCGGGGAUUCAGCAGCGUGCUGCGGUGGCUCGAGAGCUUGAACUCCAGCGAAGACCUGGCGGUGCUCGCACAACUGCUGACACAGGCACGACUCCAAGCUGCUGGCACGUCCGAGCCCAGCUUCGCUGCGCGGGUGGCGUCGGCUGCGUCGUCCGAGAGUCUCCAGCAUCUGUCCAAGCUUGGGCUGCAGUGCGGCCUCGUGAUCUUCCUGUACCGCCGACGAGUGCUCUCCAAGACGCGCACCAUCCCGACCUUGUGCCUCUGCAUCCUGAGCUUGAUCUGCUGGAAGAUGGCCCAGACGUGUCUGCACGAGGUGCUGUCGCCGUUCCGCUCUUCGACUGGCUCGGGGUUCCAGGCUGCGGCUUCGCAGGCCAAGCCACUUGCUCUUCAGGACUCGCGAGACGAAGUCGCUGCCUCGUUCCUCAACGCUCUCUUUGUGGCGAGAUACAGCUCAGUCUGCAUCACCAACGCGAUCUUCGGGCGCGCGUACCAAGUGCAUUUCUGCGAGCCGUGGCCGACCAAGUGGAAGCGCGUCCCGGGAUACCUGGGCUCAAAGAACCUCGUUCUCGGCACACUAUUCUUCGCUGCAGCCGGGGUCAGUGCCAUGAGCGUGUCUUCUCCAGCACUGCGAUCGCUAUGUGAGGCGGCGGGGUAUAUCGAACAACUUGCGCUUGGGAUCGCCUUCGGUCACUUCGUCUUCCUGUAUUUCCAGCCCACAUAUGACGACGCCGAAUCUCACAUCAAAGCAAAAAGCGAUUAA